GGCAUUGGAGCGAGUGCAGGGGGAGAAGGGGACUGAGAUGGCAGCAGUGGCGAGUGAGAGAGUGAGUGGCAGCACCACCAGCAGCAGCAGCAGCAGCAGCAGCAGCAGCAGCAGCAGCAGCAGCAGCAGCAGCAGCAGCAGCAGCAGCAGCAGCAGCAGCAGCAGCAGCAGCAGCAGCAGCAGCAGCAGCAGCAGCAGCAGCAGCAGCAGCAGCAGCAGCAGCAGCAGCAGCAGCAGCAGAGCAGCAGCGCAGCAGCAGCAGCAGCAGCAGCAGCGCAGCAGCAGCAGCAGCAGCAGCAGCAGCAGCAGCAGCAGCAGCAGCAGCAGCAGCAGCAGCAGCAGCAGCAGCAGCAGCCAGCAGCAGCAGCAGCAGCAGCAGAGCAGCAGCGCAGCAGCAGCAGCAGCAGCGCAGCAGCAGCAGCAGCGCAGCAGCAAGCAGCAGCAGCAGCAGCAGCAGCAGCAGCAGCAGCAGCAGCAGCAGCAGCAGCAGCAGCACAGCAGCAGCAGCAGCAGCAGCAGCAGCAGCAGCAGCAGCAGCAGCAGCAGCAGCAGCAGCAGCAGCAGCAGCAGCAGCAGCAGCAGCAGCAGCAGCAGCCAGCAGCAGCAGCGCAGCAGCAGCAGCAGCAGCAGCAGCAGCAGCAGCAGCAGCAGCAGCAGCAGCAGCAGCAGCAGCAGCAGCAGCAGCAGCAGCAGCAGCAGCAGCAGCAGCAGCAGCAGCAGCAGCAGCAGCAGCAGCAGCAGCAGCAGCAGCAGCAGCAGCAGCAGCAGCAGCAGCAGCAGCAGCAGCAGCAGCAGCAGCAGCAGCAGCAGCAGCAGCAGCAGCAGCAGCAGCAGCAGCAGCCAGCAGCAGCAGCAGCAGCAGCAGCAGCAGCAGCAGCAGCAGCAGCAGCAGCAGCAGCAGCAGCAGCAGCAGCAGCAGCAGCAGCAGCAGCAGCAGCAGCAGCAGCAGCAGCAGCAGCAGCAGCAGCAAGCAGCAGCAGCAGCAGCAGCAGCAGCAGCAGCAGCAGCAGCAGCAGCAGCAGCAGCAGCAGCAGCAGCAGCAGCAGCAGCAGCAGCAGCAGCAGCAGCAGCAGCAGCAGCAGCAGCAGCAGCAGCAGCAGCAGCAGCAGCAGCAGCAGCAGCAGCAGCAGCAGCAGCAGCAGCAGCAGCAGCAGCAGCAGCAGCAGCAGCAGCAGCAGCAGCAGCAGCAGCAGCAGCAGCAGCAGCAGCAGCAGCAGCAGCAGCAGCAGCAGCAGCAGCAGCAGCAGCAGCAGCAGCAGCAGCAGCAGCAGCAGCAGCAGCAGCAGCAGCAGCAGCAGCAGCAGCAGCAGCAGCAGCAGCAGCAGCAGCAGCAGCAGCAGCAGCAGCAGCAGGUGAUUCUGCUGACGACUCCUCUAGUAACGUUGGCACGCCCCACACGAAGUGGGUUGGAUAAUGGGAGGGCAGACAUGGAGGA